UCCUUCCAUGAAAACGUAUCAUUAUCCAUCAGAGCGCAAUAAUAUAUGUUAAUGACUGCCACUUUCUAGAGAUAGUCCAUUCCUCUAUCUACGGUUCAAGUCAAAGGAAGAAGGCGCCGGUCACGUGAUCAGAGCUCCCGCAGACGCACCUUGGGAGGUUCGUCGACCGAGUCGAGGUCGUCACGUCUGCGCAGCCGAGAAGGCCCGUGGCCCUUCCCUUCCCUUCCCUAUCAAAACAUGGACACCUUGCAAACCGGGGAUCCGCGCUAUCUUAAAAGGAAAGUGAAGGGAUGUACUCUCGAUGUCCACCCAACAGAGAAAGCCAUCGUGGUCCAGUAUGAGGUCGAGGCAAUGAUACUUGGAGAGCAAGGGGAUGCCAUGGUUGGAGGUCGCAAAGAGUGUCAGAAAAUCAUUCGUCUGAAAAGCUUGAAUUCCAACACGGACACAUCAUCGUUGGCUCAGAAAGUGAUGGAAGAAUGUCAUUUGAUUCAUCCCUCAAAACUUAAUGAGGUUGAACAACUGCUGUUCUACCUUCAAAACCGCAGACAGCCAAAUGAUGACCAAGAAAAAAAACGUACCUCACCUCGAGAUUUUGCACCUUAUGCAGCUGUCGAGCUCAAUGAGGAGGCGAGCAUCAACAGCAUUGAUGAGUAUUUGGAGCUGCUGUAUGAGGACAUCCAGGAGAAGAUCAGGGGUGCCACACUGAUCUUUCAACUGGCCCGCAACCCGGACAACCUAGAGGAACUCAAACAGAACGAGAUGGCUUUAGCAGCGUUGGCCAGAGUACUGAGGGAGGACUGGAAGCAGAGCGUGGACCUGGCAACAACCAUAAUUUGCAUCUUUUUCUGCUUCUCAAGUUUUUCACAGUUUCACGGACUAGUCACUCAUUUCAAGAUUGGGGCCCUGUGUAUGAACAUCAUUGAACAUGAGCUCAAGCGAUACGACCUCUGGCAAGAUGAACUCCAAAGGAAGAGGAAGGCCUAUGAAGAAUUCUCAGAGAACCAAAAUCUGAAGAAAGAGCAUGAGAAGUCCCUAAAAAAGUAUCAAAGCCUUCUGACUAAACAGGAGCAGCUUCUUCGAGUUUCUCUGUGUCUGUUGUUGAACCUUGCUGAAGACACUCACACAGAACUAAAGAUGCGGAACAAAAACAUAGUUAACAUCCUUGUAAAGAUUCUGGACAGAAAGGAUGAAGAGCUUCUUUUAGUAGUUGUCUCCUUCCUCAAGAAACUUUCCAUCUUCAUGGAGAACAAGAAUGACAUGGUUCAAGUAUUCGCAGUCGAGAAGCUGGCCCUGCUGGUUCCAUGUGAGCAUGAAGACCUACUGAGCACUACAUUACGCCUCCUACUCAACCUUUCAUUUGACAAUGCUCUGCGCAACCAAAUGGUCGAGGCUGGACUAAUUGCCAAACUAUCCUCACUGCUCGAUGAUGAGGGCCAAAGACAGCUCAGCAUGUGCAUUCUGUACCACAUCAGCAUGGAGGACAGAUUUAAGUCCAUGUUUGCCAACGCAGACUGCAUUCCACGGCUCAUGAAGAUGAUUUAUGACUCUGGUGAACACAAGAUGGAUUUUGAACUCAUCUCACUGUGCAUCAACUUGGCUGCUAAUAAGAUCAAUGCCCAAGUCAUGUGUGAAGGUAACGGUUUGAAGAUGCUGAUGAAACGGUCAAUGAAACUGAAAGACGUUCUGGUGAUGAAGAUGAUCAGGAAUAUUUCCCAGCACAAUGGCCCUACCAAAAGCUUAUUCUUGGACCAUGUUGGAGACUUGGCAGCUCAGAUUAGCCUGGAAAACGAUGAAGAAUAUGUGAUUGAGUGUCUCGGAACACUUGCAAAUCUGACCAUUCCUGACCUGGACUGGGCACUGGUUCUUAAAGAGUACAACUUGGUGCCCUACCUGAAAGACAGACUUAAACCAGGUGCUGCUGAAGAUGAUUUAAUUCUAGAGGUGGUCAUCUUGAUUGGCACGGUGUCCAUGGAUGACUCUUGUGCAGCCAUGCUUGCCAAGUCUGGCAUCAUUCCUGCUCUCAUUGAACUGCUCAACGCCCAACAGGUGGAUGAUGAAUUUGUCUGUCAAAUUGUCUAUGUUUUCUAUCAAAUGGUCUUCCACAAAGCUACCAGAGACGUUAUCAUCAACGACACACAAGCCCCAACAUACCUCAUCGACCUGAUGCAUGAUAACAAUGCAGAGAUCCGUAAAGUUUGUGACAACACACUGGAUAUCAUUGCUGAGUACGAUGAAGAGUGGGGGAAGAGAAUACAGAAUGAAAAGUUCCGGUGGUACAAUUGCCAGUGGCUUGAGAUGGUGGAGAACCGGCAGAUGGAUGAGACAGGAGAGCCCUUACUCUAUGGGGAGGAUGGAGACUCCUUCAUUGAGAACAGAGACAUUCUUGAAAGACCUGAUCUCUUAUACAGUGCAGAUGGGAUUGUCUCAACCGAUGGUGCGAUCAGUCCAGAGUUCUACACUAACUUGAAGAAUGGAGAGCUGGGCCAAUCAUAUAUGGAAAGUGUAUCAGACGAGUUCGCCACGUCAGCUCACGGUCCAGCAGAUCGUCCGGUCAGCGCUUACGGCUUUCGACCAGAUGAACAGCUUUUCAACUACACCACCUCCUCCCAGUUGACAUGGAAUCUGGUCAACGCGAAUACUGAUCCAGCCAUUUAGGGUGGUGUUUUUGUUUUAUAAACGAUCCAGAUAAAUAUGAUAAUAGUAUAGCAUCCAGUGUUUAGUGAAGGUUCUCAAAGUCAGAAAAGAUGAUCAUUGUUUGUAGCAGCUGAAGUUGCACCAGCACAGGAAGUACCUAGAGCAGGGGUUACCAGCGUGGUGCCCGCGGGUCCUAAAAUCGCCUACCAGUAUUGGAAGAUUGUGAUUUUCUAAACCGGCAGAGAUUUUUAGGAAGAGUGUUGAAUAUUGAUAAUUGUUUCCUCAUUAUUGUGAGAAAUCAUUAACAAGAUCAAUGUCUUCACUUAAAUGAAUAUCAUUAUUUAUAAAAAAAAACAAAAAAACAUUCAUUACUGAAGGUCAUUUGAGCAAAUUUACACAUUACAGACGUGUGUAUCAAACUGGUAGCUCGGUUUCCAAAAGGUUGGUCACCCCUGACCUAGGGAAAUGACACAAUGUAUUUUCGAGGAAAUAAAGCCACUUUAAGCUAAACAAAAUAUCUAGUAGCGAUUUGAUGUGGCCAAGUUCAGAACUAAAGUUAAACUAAAAUGAAAGGAUUGAAACAAACCAUACUGAAUGACAUGAACAAUUAAUUUCCUUAAAUUUGACCUGCAACUAUAUCUCCGGCCAUUUAACCCCCUGGAACUAAUAAUUAUUAGUAUGUAAGUUAUAGUCCUUUGCAAAAGCUACUUUCCAUUGAACAACAAAUGGAAUAGCUGGUUGUAGACAGUCGAUGUACGCUUCAUUACAACUCUGACGAGAUCUUGUGUGGAUUUUCUUGAUAAUUCUCGCUGGAAUCCCUGUGUGAGGGCAACUUCAGUCUUGUAAUUCAAUAGAAAACUAACCAUUUGAAUAUUCACAGUUUUGUUUAAAACCUCAGCGUCAACUGGGAUAUUUAUGUGAAUGUAAU